AUGGGUGAACUCGUCGCGGUUGGGGUUCGUGACGGAGACGAAUUGGAAGAAUGUGAAGUUGACGGUGCCGUUUUGGAUGGAGAAAGUUGGGAAUUGGACGGCUUCGAUGGCAAUUUUUGGGUCCUUGGGCUUGAAGACGAAGAAGUAGAUAGGAUUUCAAAUGAAGAGGAGGCAGCCACAGUUAUGUUCGGAUUGACCUGUUCAAGUUACGUCGCUAGAAAAUAA